GUCCGUGUUUGCGGAAGCACUGUAUGUCAUUGCAUCGGUGAGCUUCAUUUCGGCGAGACUGACGGCACAGCUGUGUUCACAACCCUUUUUUAGGAAAAGUCAUCUCACAGAAACAGUUCUGAUUUGUAAUUCCCCAAAACAACAUUUUUCCACUCCAAAAAACAAGAUGAACAACAAAAUUAAACAAAAAACAGAAUUAAGAGGCCUUUGGAGGAACUAUUUACAACUUUAAGAGUGACUUAUUAACUUGAAGCAGAAAUUCCUGUGGACCAAGAGACAAAUGUCUCUUUUCAGGACUUGUGUUUUUCCUCCCAUCCUCCUCCGUUUCUGUUCUAUGGACUUCACCUCAAACUAAAGUCCAGUCAUGGGCGUUUGUCCCUCUGUGUCCAAGAUCAUGCGGAAGGGGAAGUGUCUCUUUCUUCUGGUGUUGUGUCUUUGCAUUUUAGCGUGGAUUGCAGCAUUCUUGAAUGAUGAUACAGUGAAGGCCGUCCAGGAGCGGCCGAGUCCUUUCGAGGUGAAGAGUGGGGAGGAGUUUCCAAAGAUAGAUCUUGAAUCGGAGAUGGCGCAGAGCGUAGAGGAGCAUGUAGAGGAGCAUGUAGAGGAGCAUGUAGAGGAGCAUGUAGAGGAGCAUGUAGAGGAGCAGUUCCCCAAACAGAGCUGCCCGGAACGUUCGGCCCUGCUCCGUGGCGCACUCAAGCUGUCAUUUGAUCCCUCGCUGACCUUGGGACAAGUAGAGAACGAGAACGCUGAGGUCAAAGAGGGUCAGUAUAACCCCCAAGACUGUACGGCCAGACAGAGUGUGGCCAUCCUGAUUCCUCACAGGAACAGAGAGAAGCACUUGCUGUACCUUCUCCACCACCUGCACCCGUUCUUACAGAGGCAGCAGCUGCACUACGCCAUCUACAUCAUUCACCAGGCUGGAGAAGCUACAUUUAACAGGGCAAAGUUAUUAAAUGUUGGAUACCUGGAGGCUCUCAAAGACCAGAGCUGGGACUGUUUUAUCUUCCAUGACGUUGAUCUAGUUCCAGAGAAUGAUCAAAACUUAUACAUGUGUGAGGAGCAGCCCAAGCACUUGGUAGUGGGCAGGAAUUCCACUGGAUAUAAGCUCAGAUAUAAAGGUUACUUUGGGGGAGUUUCAGCCAUGACGAAGGAACAGUUCCACAGGGUGAACGGCUUUCCAAACACUUACUGGGGCUGGGGUGGAGAGGAUGAUGACCUGAGAAUAAGGGUGCAGUUGCAGAAAAUGACAAUAGUGCGACCGUCCCCUGAGGUGGCACGCUACACCAUGGUCUUCCAUAAGAGGGACAGUGGCAAUCAAGUCAAUAAAGACAGGAUGCAUCUUUUACGCCGAACUCCUCGGACAUGGAAGAUGGAUGGUUUGAAUUCCUGUUCCUACAAGGUUCUGUCUGUCCAAAGAGCACCACUCUACAUCAACGUCACUGUGGACAUAGGGCAGCCUGAGCGUGCUCAUUGAACCACGUGCCCACUCCUUUAGGUAUUGACAUUGAAGAGAGUUUGUAUUGAAACGCAGCGUUCACCAGUGCCUGUCAGAUUCAGUGUUGGGUGUCAUCGCUCCACUGCAGAUUGCACUAUGGAUCUGUCCUUCUACAGCUGUGAUUUUCAACUCUACUCUUUAAGGACACAUAACGAGAUAAUUUCAGUCCAUUUUGAAUAAAAACACACCUCUUUUUGAGUAUUACAUUAAUAGAAAAUAAAUAAUUGAAUGAGGUGGAUGAAUGUUUUUCAUGAUUGAAAAACACUCAGAAGUUUGGAUCAGUUAAUAUACAGUGGCAAGAAAAUGUAUGUGAACCCUUUGGAAUUAGCUGGUUUGCUGCAUUAAUUGGUCAUAAAAUGUGAUCUCAUCUUCAAAGUCACAAGUAUAGACAAACACAAUGUGCUUAACAACGCACAAUCAAUUAUAAUCUUUCAUGUCUUUAUUGAACGCAUACUAUUAAACAUUCACAGUGCUGUGGAAAAAGUAUGUAAACCCUUGGACUUAAUAACUGGUCGAUCCUCCUUUGGCAGCAUUAACUUAACCAAGCGUUUCCAGGAGCUGCGGAUUAGACCUGCACAAUGCUCAGAAGGAAUUUUCGACUAUUCUUCCUUACAGAACUGCUUCAAGUCAGCCAUAUUCUUAGGAUGUCUGGUGUGAAUGGCUCUCUUGAAGUCAUUCCACAGCAUCUCUAUUGGGUUAAGGUCUGGGCUCUGACUGGGCCACUCGAUUUUCUUGUUUGGAAGCCAUUCUGGAGUGGAAUUACUUCAGUGUUUAGGGUCAUUAUCCUGCUUCAGCUGGCACACAGCCACCCUGAUAUUAUCCUAUAGGAUAUCUUGAUAAACUUGGGAAUUCAUUUUUCCCUCUAUGUUGGCAAGCAGUCCAGGCCCCAAUGCAGCAAAGCAGCCCUAAAUCAUGAUGCUCCCACCAACGUACUUCACUGCUGGGGUUAUGUUUUCAUGUUGGUAUGCUAUGCACUUUUUAUGCCAUAUGUAGUGCUCCAUGUUCUUCCCAAACAAUUCAGCCUUAGUUUCAUCUGUCCACAAAACAUUUUCCCAGUAGCAUUGUGUCAAGGUGGUCUUUGACAAACUUCAGGUGUGCAGCAAAGUUUUUGUUGGAAAGCUCAUAAACAGAGAUGUUAACCAGUUCCAAUGAUUCCUUCAAGUCUUUAGCUGUCAUUCUAGGGUUCUUUUUUACUUCAUUUAUCAUUCUGCGGUGUGCCCUUUGAGUCAUCUUGGCUUGGCUUGACGGCCACUUCUAGAGAGAGUAGCCACAGUACUAAACUGUCUCCAUUUAUGGACAAUUUGUCUAACUGUGGACAGAAGAAUAUCUAAGCUCUUCGAGAUAACUUUGUAACCCUUUCUCUAAUUAGCUUUUGUUGAUGUCAUUGGCCUAGGGGUUCACAUACUUUUUUCCAACCUACACUGUGAAUUUUUGAAUGAUUUAUUCAAUAUGUACAAGAACAAUACAAUAAUUUGUGUGUUAUUAGUUAAAACAGAUUGUGUUUGUUCAUUAUUGUAACAGAUGAAGAUCAAACUAGAUUUUAAGACAAAUUUAUGCAUCAUUGUUGGUAAUUACAAAGGGUUCACAUACUUUGUCUUGCCACUUAAGUAAUGUCUGUAAAGGCUUGCCAGGUCAUUAUGUUAUAAGUAGCGAAAUGUACAGGCGGCGCGGGUUUAUUCAUGUUACACCAACAAGUGUUUUCUAUAAAGUCUGUGUUUUAUAUGAAUGUUCUAAGGUGUUGAUUCAGCCAUUGAUUCAGUGUCUGGUAGAUAUUUUAGCAGGUGUCUGAAUCCGUUUAAAUUUGCCACAGGGAAAAGUUUUUAAUCAGCUGAGUUUAAUUUAAUUGAAAUGUAAAUUUAGGUGGAGAUGGGUUAGUUAUUUUAGUUUUAGGUCAAUGUUCCGAAAUAAUGGCUGUUCACUCAUAAAAUUGGUUGGUGUUACUAUAUGAUCAGGGAAAAUAAAUUUCUGUUAAUUUCAAAUUAUAGGCAUAAUCUUUCAGUUUUAUAAGUUCAUAAACCCUGCAAUGUGAAAUGGUCCAUAAUGUGUCGAGCUAAGAUAGAAAGUUUAAGUUUUGAAUGUUUGGAGGUACUGAUGACAUUUUAUUUCAAAGUUUAAUUCAUUUAGAGAGUCAUCAAAUGAAAUGUGUCAUUACAAACCCUACAAAUUCAAACUUAUUGUGCUGUAUAUUGCGGAAUGUAUUAAUGUCUGCACAGUGUAACUAUAUUUUACGCUUUCUAACUCAACACUUCAAGCUUUCGGUUACUGUCCUGGUCAAGAAGUCAUUCAAAGUAUUGUUUUUGUUCUCUGUAAUACAAUUCAAUAUAUGGCAUAUACAGUCAUUUUAGAUUAACAGCAUUCAUUCCAGAAGCUGAAUUUCAACACAAUGUGGCCACUUCAUCAAACCAGCUGAAGACCCUUUUAUGUGGGCCCUUUCUACUUCAUUUUCCAUUUUCUCUACAAAAAUUGUAGUGUUGACUGCAUUCGUCAAGCUCAACAAUGACAAACGUUAUUGUAAGGAGUAUGAUCAAACAAAUAUUUUUCUUUAAUUUUGUACUUUUUUGUGGAAAUUGCCAACCCAUUUAGUUGUAAUUGUGUUUUGGCUAUUGAAAUAAGUUUUUUCGCUGGUUCAAAUGAUUUAAUAAAGUUUCGACAAAGAAUA